AUGUCCCGCAGCCAUGGCCUCAAGGCGACACAGUCAGCACUCAACUCAAGCGUCAAAAUCAUCUCGGCAGAGCGCACCAACGAUGGCCAGGUCUUCACUUCCUUGAGACGGACCACACGAUCGGCCAAGACUGCUGCUGUGGACGAUGAGGAGGAGCUGCCAAAGAAGAGCAAGCUCAACGUCCCAAAAUACGAGUACAAACCUGCAACGCCCUCACCUCGCAAAAAACCAAGGCUCGAGGAUGCCAAAGCCGAGCCCGAUGUCAAGAUUCAGGCAUCGCCCAUCAAGAGGGUGGCAACUCCCCGAUCGACACCCAAGAAGCCCAUGCCCCAGACUUCUCUUGCAAAGCCACACCAAGCCCCUGCAAAGUGGGAAGAUCAAUACCGGCUCAUAGAGCACAUGCGGCGGGGCAUCAUAGCUCCGGUCGAUGAUAUGGGGUGCGAACGCCCAAGGACUGGAGCAAACGACGCCAAAACGUUCCGGUUCCACAUUCUCAUAUCCCUCAUGCUUUCUGCCCAGACCAAAGACGCCGUCACCUCUGCCGCCGUCUCUCUCUUGCACGAGACUUUGCCCGGCGGGCUCACUGCUGAAUCGCUCGCGGCAGCUCCUGCUGAGCAAGUCCAUGACUGUAUCAACAAGGUCGGGUUCUGGAGGCGCAAGGCAGACUACAUACAAGAGGCUGCAAAGCACUUACUGGAGAAAGAGGGCGAAGAGAAGGGUGACGUACCCAACACGUUAGAGGGGUUGUGCGAGCUCAAAGGUGUGGGCCCAAAGAUGGCGUUUUUAGCUCUGCAGUGUGCUUGGGACAUCAAUGCCGGUAUAGGUGUAGAUGUCCAUGUCCAUCGCAUAACCAACCGCCUCAAGUGGCACAAACCCCCAACAACCAACCCCGAACAAACCCGGCUCAAUCUCCAAUCCUGGCUCCCCGAGAAACUGCACAAGCCCAUCAACCCGCUCAUGGUCGGUUUCGGGCAGAUGAUCUGUCUGCCGGUGGGACCUAGGUGUGAUUUGUGUCUUCUUGGGCAGAGGGGUAUCUGUCCGAGUCGGGUAAGAGGGGUGACGGGGAAGGGCAGGAAAGACGUAGUUUUCACUUUUGGGGAGGUGGAAGAGGAAGGGAAGGAGGUCGGGGAGUGGGCGUGGGGUCAGACUUCUGAUUCUUUCCCCGAUGCUCUGAGGCCCAAGAAGGAGCCCAAAGUCGAGAUCUCAUACGAAUCUCUACAGCAGAUUGCCGAUCUAGAGCCACAGCCUCAGCCGAUUACGCCGGUGAAGAUGGAAAGAGGUGUGGGCCUAGAAGAGGCUAUCGAAGAGCCGGGAUUGAGAUCGCCGGAGCAAGUGUUGGAAGUGAUAGAUCAAGUUGAUGGUGUCACUGACAUUGGGGCAGAGGUGAAGAAAGAGACGGUGGAUUGGUAG